CUCUCUCUCUCUCCCUCCCAACAUUUUCAACUCUGUUUCCAACUCAUUUCAGACAGACGCAAGUUCAAUCUGCAGGCUGGGUUUUCCUGUGAGCUCAAAGCAGCUAGCUAUGCACUGUUGACAGUAAAGCUCAUAUACCUCUACCAAGUAAUUUUCUUCAACUAACUAGAAAGCAUGCAGCUUUAUCUGUUCAAUUUCUUCUUGUUGUUGCUGUUGCUGUGCUUCUCUGUGUCCAUAUCUACUGUAUCUAGUUUGAGCUCUGAUGGGUUGGCUUUAUUGUCACUCUCCAAGCAUUGGACGUCUGUCCCUGCUUCCAUAUCCUCAAGCUGGAGUGCUUCUGAUGCCACUCCAUGCCAAUGGGUUGGAAUAGAAUGUGACAAUGCCCACAAUGUGGUUACCUUGAACCUCACUGGUUAUGGAAUUUCUGGUCAAUUGGGACCUGAAGUUGGCAGCUUUAGGCACUUGCAGACUCUUGAUUUGAGUGUCAACAAUUUUUCUGGCAAAAUCCCAAAAGAAUUGGCCAAUUGUAGUCUUCUUGAAAACUUGGACUUGUAUAAAAAUGGCUUUUCUGGUGCAAUACCUGAAUCCUUGUUUGCAAUUCCUGCCUUAGCUUAUGUACAUCUGUAUACUAACAAUUUGAAUGGUUCCAUCCCUGGAAAUGUUGGGAAUCUGAGUGAGCUUGUGCAUCUGUAUUUGUAUGAGAAUCAGUUUUCAGGAGUGAUUCCUUCAUCCAUUGGAAACUGUAGUAAAUUGCAGGAGUUGUUUUUGGGUCGGAACCAGUUGACAGGAGAGCUUCCUAUGAGCCUGAACAACCUUCAGAACCUGGUAUAUCUAGAUGUAGCUAUAAAUAGUCUUGAGGGUAGCAUUCCUUUGGGUUCAGGCACUUGCAAGAAUUUAAUUUACUUGGAUUUGUCAUACAAUAAGUUUAGUGGAGGUAUUCCACCAGGACUUGGAAAUUGUAGUAAUUUAACACAAUUUUCUGCUGUGGGUAGUAAUUUAGAGGGGACUAUUCCAUCUUCCUUUGGCCAACUCAAGUACCUUUCAACCCUGUACCUUCCUCUAAAUCAUUUGUCUGGUAAAAUACCUCCUGAACUUGGCAAGUGUGAAUCCUUGAAGAUACUACGCUUGUAUAAGAACCAACUAGUGGGAGAAAUUCCUAGUGAAUUGGGAAUGCUGACUCAAUUAGAGGACCUUGAAUUAUUUGAGAACCGGUUAACUGGUGAAAUUCCAGUUAGCAUAUGGAAGAUUCAAAGUCUUCAGCAUAUCCUUGUGUACAAUAAUAGCCUCACUGGGGAGCUGCCUGAAGUGAUGACUGAGCUGAAGCAACUAAAAAAUAUAUCAUUGUACAACAACCUAUUUUUUGGAGUUAUACCUCAAAGUUUGGGGAUUAACAGCAGUUUGUGGCAGUUAGAUUUUAUCAAUAACAAGUUCACUGGUAAAAUCCCUCCAAAUCUUUGCCAUGGAAAGCAGUUAAGGGUGUUGAAUCUGGGUUUCAAUCGAUUUCAAGGCACCAUACCUUCUGAUGUUGGAAAUUGCUCUACUCUUUGGAGGUUGAAACUGGAACAGAACAGACUCAUUGGGGCUCUUCCACAGUUUGCAAAAAAUUCAAGCCUUUCAUAUAUGGACAUCAGCAACAAUGAGAUUAGUGGAGAAAUUCCAUCAAGCUUGGGAAACUGUAGCAAUCUCACAGCCAUCAAUUUGUCCAUGAACAAUUUAACAGGAGUUAUACCCCAGGAACUAGGGAGUCUUGCAGAACUUGGUUCUUUGAUUCUUUUCAAAAACAAUUUGGUUGGUCCUCUGCCUCCUCACCUAUCAAAUUGUACCAAAAUGUAUAAGUUUGAUGUGGGAUCAAAUUUGUUGAAUGGCUCCAUUCCAUCGAGUUUGAGAAGUUGGACAGGUUUAUCAACGCUGAUUUUAAGUGACAACAGUUUUACUGGCGGUGUUCCACCUUUCUUGUCGGAGUUUGAAAAGCUUUCAGAGCUACAACUUGGUGGAAAUUUUUUGGGAGGUGCCAUUCCCUCAUCAAUUGGAGCAUUGGUUAGUAUGUUUUAUGCAUUGAAUCUUAGCAAUAAUGCAUUGACAGGUCCGAUUCCUUCAGAGCUGGGGAAGUUGGCAAGACUACAACGACUAGAUCUAUCUCAUAACAAUUUGACAGGGACUUUAAAAGCUCUUGAUUAUAUCAAUUCAUUGAUUGAGGUUGAUGUUUCAGACAAUAACUUCACAGGUGCAGUACCAGAGACAUUGAUGAACCUUUUGAACUCAUCUCCAUUAUCAUUUUUGGGCAAUCCCUACCUAUGUGUCGAUUACCUUCCAUCAUGUGGCUCAACUUGUGCAAGAAGAAACAACAGUUUUAAGCCAUGCAACAGUCAAUCAAGCAAGCAUAGAGGCCUUAGUAAAGUGGCAAUUGCAUUUAUAUCCCUAGGUUCUUCAUUAUUUGUUGUUUUUGUGCUUCAUGUACUGGUUUAUAUGUUUCUCUUGCGCAAAAAGACAAAGCAGGAACUUGAGAUCUCUGCUCAAGAGGGGCCAUCUGGCUUACUCAACAAAGUAUUGGAGGCUACAGCGAACCUUAAUGGUCAGUAUAUCAUUGGGAAAGGAGCCCAUGGAACUGUCUAUAAGGCCUCUUUGGCUCCAGACAAAGAUUAUGCUGUCAAGAAGCUUCUGUUUGCGGGGCAUGAAGGAACGCGUUUGAGCAUGGUUAGAGAAAUUCAAACCCUCGGGACUAUUAGGCAUCGGAAUCUGGUUAAAUUGGAAGACUUCUGGUUAAGAAAGGACCACGGUUUAAUCUUGUAUAGGUACAUGCAAAAUGGGAGCCUUAAUGAUGUUUUGCAUGAAAUUAAACCCCCACCAACUCUUGAGUGGAGUGUCCGCUAUAGGAUAGCACUUGGAACUGCAUACGGGUUGGAGUAUCUCCAUUAUGAUUGUGACCCCCCUAUAGUUCAUCGAGAUGUCAAACCAAUGAACAUCCUCUUAGACGCUGAUAUGGAGCCUCAUAUUGCUGAUUUUGGUAUUGCUAAACUUCUGGAUCAGUCUUCUGCAUCAACGACGUCCAUUGCAGUUGUGGGAACAACUGGAUAUAUUGCACCAGAAAAUGCAUUUAGACCAGCAAAGAGCGUGGAAUCUGAUGUGUACAGUUAUGGGGUUGUUCUACUUGAGCUGAUAACUAGAAAGAAGGCAUUGGAUCCAUCAUUUGUGGAGCAAACUGACAUUGUAGGAUGGGUUAGGUCAGUGUGGAGCAACACAGAAGAAAUUCAUCAAAUUGUUGAUUCAAGCCUUAAGGAGGAAUUUCUGGAUUCAUGUAUUAUGGACCAAGUUGUCGAUGUGCUUAUGGUGGCAUUCAGAUGUACUGAUAAAGAUCCUAGAAAGAGGCCGACGAUGAGAGAUGUUGUGAAGCAAUUAUUAGAUGCAAAUCCCCAAGUGAGAAGCAUAAAAGGCUAGCUCUUGAAUCUUCCGAAUGGGUUGUUCUAACUGGUAUGCUUUUUCUACUGUACACUAGGUUUAGUCCUACUUGAUAGUGUUGCAUCCGUAUGUAAUUAUGAGGGAAAUGACUUCAAAACAUCCUAUCUAUCUCUCACACACACAGUUGCUGGAACAUUGAAGUCAGUUGCCCAGCUCGGGAGCUGAGAUAGGAAAUUCCCAUUCUGUAGCCUGUUGCUUGUUGCUUCUAUACGUAACAUCUGUACGUCAUUCAUGAAUGACCAUUAUAUGAUAGUUCAUGUCUCUUAUGCACAUUCCACUUUGCUGAUGCAUUU